CCCAACCCCCAGAGGCUUAUCUCAGCUCUCCGUGAUGUGGGACAGGACCCCAGCGUCCCAGUCUGCCCUCCCGCCUAACGCGGCCCCUGGCGUCCCUGUCCCCGCAGUGAGAUGAGCCAGAAGGGGGCCAAGGAGGGCCCGCGCCUGUCCAAGAACCAGCGGCUGUCGGAGCAUUUCACCAUCCGCUGCUGCCCGCCCUUCACCUUCCUCAACUCCAAGCGCGAGCUGGUGGACCGCAGAUACAGCCUGUGCCGCAGCGGCUGCUUCUACGAGCGCCAGGAGGAGGACUGGGUGUGCUGCGCUUGCCAGCGCACCAGGUUGAAAAGGAGAACCAAGCCUGCCCCUAAGAAGAAGUGACAGAAGAGGACAGUCCUGUGAGUGGAUGGCCCCCGCCCCGGCUCUCCUCUUCUCCACCUACCCGACUUCCUCUGGUGAAUCACCUGACUUCAAGUAUGAUGCAGGGGCAGACACCUGCUGAUGCCCACAGUCUCGACGGCCAGCGAGCCCCAGGGUUGUCUGACUGCAGCACCCUGAAGCUGUCGUCCUGUCCUUCGCUCUCACUGGCUCCGAGAAAUCUGCCCUCAACCUACAUGCCCUUCUAUUGACUCAAGUUUCUUCAAUCUGAAGAUUUAUGCCUUUCUUCAGGGAUGCAUAAAAAAGUUAAUAUUGCGCAACCAUCAAAAUGGCAAAAAUAAAAACAAUUAUCAAGUGUUGACAAGAUGUAAGAAAAAAUUCUCAUAGGCCAUUGCUGAGAAGCUAUAAACUGUCCCAACACCUGUGGAGUGCAAGCUGGAGACACUAGCAAGGCAGAAUACUAUAUAAUCUAUAAUCAAGCAAUUACCAUGUUAGAAAUCAGCCUCAAGAAAAUCUAUAAAGGAGAUAUACAAGGAUUUCAUCACUGAAUCAUUUGAAAUUGGAGGGGAGAGAGUUAGCCAGAAGUCUACCAACAGGAGAGUAAGUGGAUCAGUUGUAAAGUCAGCAGUUGAAAUCAAUGGAUUAAAUGUACUCAUAUUAAAUAGAUAAAUUUGGACAAGAAAUGAGAAAUACAAAAAGCAAAUAGCAGAAGUCAAGUGCCAAAUGAUAUAUAAAUAUCAACAACCCAUAGAGCAAUAUUGCGUAUUGCCCAGUAAGCAGAAGGCAUAAAGUCUCACACUUACUCUCUACUGGAGCAGAAUAAAAAAAGAUGAGAAAAUAAAAGGGUAUCCACAAAUGUAUCAUCUUGGAAAUAAAAAAAUUAUGGAAAUAAUUCCUGGUUUGAAGAAAUAACCCAAACUAAACACUGCAUAGCAAUGGUUAGCAGUAUUAGGCCGAAGCAUAUUUAGAGGAGCAGGUGGGAACCGAUGAAAGGCCUGGGACGUGUCCGUGGUCACAUUACAGGAGUGCUUUGGAUCAGCUUUGUACCUGGCUUUUGACUGGCUCAUGAUGGUUUCUGACAUGAGGGGACAGGGAAGGAAGUGGAACAUAUGCAGGAAUCAGAGGAGGACAAUAGGAUGUUGUAGAAUGUGGAGGAAUGUAAAACAAAGAGCGAUGCGGUAGAGGACACUCAGGGAUGGGACAGAGAAAAGCAGCAGAAGCAGUCUUGUGCGGGCGGCUCAUGUGGCCAAUGCAGGUGAUGUCCAAAGCUCCAAAAGGCCACUGCUCUGUGUCCUUCAGUGAGCAUAGCCAGACCUGGCCAGGCAUAAAGCAAGUGCAAUCUCUGGGGCCAUGCCAGAGGUCGUUGUGUUCAAGGUACAGGCUGGGAUGAGCGGAGGUUCCAGAGAGCAGGGAUGAAGAAGGAUCAGCUCGGAAGUCAAGGCCCUCACAAAGAGGGGUCAGUCCCAGUUCUGUCUCAGGAGAGUGGAGGGCAAGGCCAGAGGGCCCCAGCUUCCUCCUGUAGGAACACCACAGCUCCAUAGAAGGGCCAAUGAAAAGGCAAGGGAAUUUGUUACGGAAACUUCAUCUAGAAAUGUUUCUCUUGCCUAAACUCAGGUGCUAAAUGAACAACAAAGGGCAACCCCACUGUGAACAGUUUCUACUGGGAGAUGGUUGAAGGCAUUACAUCCCUAAGAACACCACCUGGCCAAGUGGGGAUGGGGUGGGAAGACACAGCAGAACCCUGGUGCAGGAGGCAAAUUCCUGGCCCAGCCCCACCCAGACCAGGAAGGAAGCUCGUCAUGCCUUCGGCCUCUUUUGGUUUUGGCCACGCCAGGCCUUGUUCUCAGAGCUUGACUUUGAGGUCAUCCAAGCUCAUCACCGAAUGGAUGGGGGAAGCAUGGUGUGUAUUAACUCACACAAAAGUUGGCUGUUAGCCCAGUAAUGUUAAU